AUGUCUGCCGAAUUACAACAGUUGAUCUUGUUACAGAGUCAGCAAAUACAAAGUCUGGUGGAAGCAAUCGCCAAACAAGCGGCUAAUGCACCACCACACAAGGAACAAGCACAGGCAGCACCGCCUUUUCGCGUGGAAGUCUAUAGACUACUUUGUAAGUUGUUCCCGGAAUCCAAGCCAGAAGCUUUAGACUAUGACGUUGUUGUUACCAAGCUUGCUGAGUAUUUCGAGUCGAGAUUGCCUGACCCGUCAUUAGAGACUGUGAUGAACAUUAUUGAAGCCCAAGAUACUUUUGACUAUGCUGAGUGUGAGUUAGAUCAGCCAUGUAUUUCUCAAAUUGCCUGUGCUAAGCAAGUUAUAUCACGCCCGCGGCCCCACCGGCAGAGUCAGACUGUAAACACUAGCCGGCCGCGUCAUGUUAAACACAUUCGUCAGCCGCGUGUGCAAAAUGAUAGAGUUAAGUCUUGCCCUAAGUGUGUUCUUGCUCAUCCUCGUGAACGUUGCCCGUUACGAAACGCGGUUUGUCACUUUUGUCAACGGAAAGGACACAUCCAGACUGUUUGUUUGCGUAAACGCAAGAACAAUUCUAGUGCUGCCCAGCCCAUGGAUAUUCAUGUUCUUCAAAGCCAGCCCGCCCAGAAGGUCGUGUUUAAAGACUCUUCCACGGUUCGUGUGGGUAAUAAACUUGUUCGCAAUAAGCCACCCACCCAGCCCUCUGCUAUGCGACCCAAGCGUAAUUCAAACGCUGUCCAAAGUAAUGUACAGACUGCAAGUGAAGCGGGAGCUGUUGUUCCACCCGCCCAACCCACGAGUUGUCGUAAGCAGCGAACACGCGCUAAACGCGCUGAUUUUGUGUCUUCCGCCUCCACUGCACCGAUCCAGAGACAGUGUAAUAAACUAUUUGUGAAGCUACGCAUCCAGGAUAAGACCUUCAAUUUUCAAUUAGACACUGAUUUGGUCUGCGGCGGGUUCCAGCCGCGCCUUCCGACUUCGCUGUCGCCCCCAGGGCAGCAGCAGCAGCCGUCGCCGCUACCACGCCGACAGCCCGUCCCGUUGAUGCCUCCCGCGCAGCUUCAUCCGGGAGCGCCCCGAGUGGUCGCUCCGGCGCCUGCGGUUCCUCUUCAGUCGCCACCGCCUUCGGAGCUGAUGGACGUCGACCCCUCAGCCGGGCCGCCUUCCCAAGCGGUGGCUGUGCAGCCUGUCCUGCAGCCGCUUUCCUUGGGCGCCCCCAAGGAGUCCGACACCGCAGCGCCUUGUCCGGCGCCCACUCAGCAGCCGUCGACGCAGCGUCAGGAGACGCUGCCUCUCUUCGUGGGUCCCGACGCCCCGUCGCGUCCAGUACCAGAAGCUGCGCCCGUGGUCACAGGCGGGCACCCUGACCUCGGUUUUCAGUCGGUGUUUCCCGAGGCCCCGCGCAGCCAAUGCUGGGGUGCGGACCGGGGGCUGCCACCGACAACAGUCUCCGCCCCGGUCUCUUCUGCUACGCCUGCGGCCAGACCUCUCCCCCGCCGUCGACGCUCGCCACGUCAUUAUUCAACGACGGUGCGGCGAUUUGGGGGGGAGGAGUGUUAUAUCCUAGCCAGCAAACAUCCAUCCACUUUUGUCAACAUAGUUAAUGAAAAUUAUAUAAUAAUAUUUGGAGGGUCCCCCAUGGAUGAGAUCUGA